AUGGUUUUAGCUAUUGAUCUCCUCAACCGACCCGCUGAUGUUCAAGCCCGAACUCACAAGCUCAAGAAAGUAGUACCUGAGCCAAACUCAUUCUUCAUGGAUGUCAAGUGCCCCGGUUGUUUCGCUAUCACCACUGUCUUCUCACACGCCUCCACCGUCGUCCAAUGCCAAGGAUGUGCUACCGCUCUUUGUCAACCCACCGGUGGUAAGGCUAAGUUGACCGAGGGAUGCUCUUUCCGAAGAAAGAACUAG